UUUGCUCGCCCUUUGUUUCUCUCAGCAAAUAAAUAGGCGAUCUCACUCUCCUCUAAUCACACCUCUCUUCAACAAUCCUCCAGUGCUCACGUGCAGCCAGGAAAGAAAGCAAGUUUCAAAAUGAAAUUUAUCGUGCUUGCUGCCUGCAUCCUUGGGAUGGCCAUCUCUGCUCCUCUGCAGAUAUUUGAGGAGUUUGACAUCCAUUACGCUCCACCUCAGGCGGCCCAGGUUAUCCCUGCUGGAGUCCCACUUGACAAUCUGGAAGUUUUGCUCCCUGUUGAUGCCCAAAGACACCCUCUUGGAGGACCUGUCCACGGCUUUAUCAAGCACGAGAUUCCAAAUCCGAAUGGCAUAGGUACCAAGGAGGUGUUCUACCCCUUUGGCUUCAACCUGCCUAAUCCAGCUGCAGCUGACCCAGCUGCUCCAGUUGCCCCAGCUGCUCCAGCUGCUCCAGCUGCCCCAGCUGCCCCUGUUGCUCUUGCUGAUCCUGCCAUUCCUGUGGAACCUCUGAAUCCUGUCGUCGUUGCACCUCCCCCACGUGGCAAAGAUGAUGAAGAUGAAGAUGACUAAAACUACUUAGUCAGCAGGAAAAAAACACUCUUGGCACACUCAGGUGACCAGAGGUGUAAGACUAUCUGCUUACUGUGGUGAAAAAUCGCCAGCCAGCAAUGCUAUUUUCUGUGGUGCUAUGCAUUUUUUGAAACGGUGCUUUGUUUGGAAAAAGAAGAAUAAAGUCAAAAAGCAUGACAUGCCUCUUAUGAAAAAAAAAUUGAUGGUUUGCAGUUAAAUAUGACCAAAAGAAAAUAUCAAAAUAAAUGUAGCAGUAUAUUGUUUCCUCUCUACAUGCAACAUGAAAUGUUUCAUUUCUGUGCUUCAUAAUAAAUGAAACAGCUCAUUCAUC